AUCAUAUGCUGGAAAAUAAAGUUUGAAGGGUGGUCUUCGAAAAAUUGUCUAAACAAAAACAUACAAUGAAAGUAGACUACAGACCAGUACUGUGUGCCGAUGAGCUGCAAGUGUUGUUGAAGGCGUGUAUUGAGGUGGGAGUCGAAGAUGUUAGACGACAAAGUGGCCGUACAGAGCCCCUGUUCUACGAUGUACAACAGCGAAUGUCGCGCUAUGGUGACUUUCCCAAACGAAAACUGUACCGAUUGCAGGGAUACUACUUUCAAACAGAGAAGGAUUUUCUCAAUGGAAAGUUGAAUCCAUACCCACCAGAAGCAAGACAGUUGUGGGGAACGGCGAAACAUGAUGUAGAUGCCCCUGAUAAUGAUAAACGUUGGUCAGAUUUAGUGCGAAAAAUCCAGCAACGCAAACAGAACCCUACGCACGUGACGAAGAACGAAUCAAAGGAAAUAAUCCGUCAAGCUCUGCAGCGUAAUUUGGAGAACCUUUCCUCAAACGAUCAAGACUAUGUUUUCGAGGAAAUUCUUUCAGAAUUGAAAAUGAAAAAUUUGUUUCUCAACCGGAAUGCAACGGCUCUAAGACUAGCGUACCUGAAAUUACGAAAACAAUUUCAAACAGGAAAAGCUCGCUACCUUCUACCAGAAGCUGCUCAGCUGUGGCCUAUAACUAAGGUAGAACAGGUCACUAUUAAAACGGAGACCCCUCCUUCAGAAGAUGAAAAUGAACCACUUUCCCAAUGGUUGAGGAAUAGUCAGCAGGAAACUUCGUUGGAACCAAUUGAAAUAGUAAUAAAAACUGGAAAUGAGUGUCGUAUCUGCCAGGCGCAGCUGCACGAAGAAAGCAAAGAUCUUUGGCAAGAUAUGUACAAUAAUCAGACAUACGGGAUAAUCAUACAGGAAAUUAUUCAAGUUCAGAUCCCUUGUGAUGGACAAGUAAGUAGUAAAGUCUGCUUACAUUGUUCCAACUUUAUAGAACAGAUGUUGCUCUUUGUUCAGCAAUGUCGGGAAGCUUGUAACAUUCCAAUUACUAUAAAACAUGAUGAAAUGUUCGUAGAUAUUAAAAAACAGAUCGACAUCGUAGAAGAUACCAUAACUGACACCAAGCAAACGAAAACUACUGUCGAAUGUAUGGAUGCAACACUAGAUUACGCUUCAGAUCGAGUUUGCUCCCCUAUGCGAAGUCCAUCUCCUGUAGCUGUUGUUUGCAAGCUGAAAUAUGAAAUUGGCAAGGAAAAGAGAAUAAUUACUGAUGAGCAAGAAUACCGUGAAACAACAGAAAAGAAUACGGAGGAAGCGAUCACCGAUGAGCAGAAAUAUCAGGAGUUUAUGAAAAGUCUACCAGCUAAACCCAGAAAACAUCAGUGUCACUUGUGUGGUAAAGUUGUAUACAAUUUGGCACUUCAUUUGACCAGUCACGAGGCAGCCGAAUUGCAGUGUGAAUUUUGUCCACACAAAUGCCCCAACAAAUACCAGCUAGAAGAACACAUGAAUUUACACACAAAAAAGAAAACCUACCCCUGCCGGACUUGCGAACGUGUUUUUUACAAUUGGACUUCUCGGAAGUAUCACGAGCAAGCUCACUAUAUUAAAUUUAAUUGCGAUAAAUGUCCUGCGGUUUACAAGAGUGAAUGUAGCCUGCGACAGCACAUUAAGCAUACUCAUAAUGGAAUUAGACAUUUGGCUUGUUCAAGUUGUCCAUACAAGACUUUUGUUAAAUCCCGUCUGCUAAACCACGUGCGAAGUUUUCACACCAGUGAACGACCGUAUCGGUGUACUUUCUGCGAGAGUACAGCAAACAGUUCCAACAGUUAUUAUACCCACCUUCAACGACACAAAAAGAGCGGCGAAACAACAGAAUACUCCAUGCUUUGCGCUUACUGUGGGCAACACUUCAACAAGGAUGCAGCCCUCGAGAAACACAUCUGCAAGGAACAUCCUGAUGUGGCCGUUGUAGUCUGAACAGAAAUGUAUGAGUCUAACAAGAUUACACUGGUAAACGCAGACUUUGCCCUAGAGCUCAAACUGAAAAAAGAAUAAAGAUUAUAAUCAGUUUUGUUUGGAAACCAUGUUCAAGCAGAAUUUUGCAUAACUCGUUGCAAAAUUUGACAUAACACUUUGAACUAAUACACAACAAAAUCAUCGUUCGGAUGAUCCAUCUGCUGCCGCCUUCGCUCUGCGUAAUGUAUUUCGAUAUCAGGGCUAGCGUACGUGCAUGUGUCAAAUUGGGAACCACAAAAUAUGUCUUACCACGGUGUCUCUGGUAGAAGAAAUUUAUUCGAGAAAAAAUUGUAUCACUCUAAUACUCAUCAUUCAAUUGAAAUGUUCUAUCGGUGGGUCUAGAAUAUUUUUUUUUUGUAAUUGAAAAGUUAGUAGAAUGAAAAUUAUUAAUAUGUUUCAAGACUAUGAAAACCAAUCGUGCUGAAACUUCGCUUAUUUAUAUAAAAGAAUAAUGUUCUGCAUAA